AUGGGUGCCGUGGCCCUCGCUGCCGGUGUCAAGCGAACUGCACGACGUGCACAGGAGAUGGCAACGCUGCCAAAGCACAUGCAGCCCGUGGCAACCCGCGCGGACUAUCCAGUGUAUGCACCUGGGCCAUCUGGUGUCCCGAACUACCCGGAGUUUGUGGGCGACUGGGCCAUCCCUGUGCCAGGAAGUUAUAAGGCCUGCUUGACCAUGACCGGACCGGAUGUGGAGACAGGUAGCGAGAUGGGCAAGCCUUGGGAUCCCCUUGGCUUCAGCAAGCUCUACGAUCGCAACUUUGACUUCAACGGCAACAUGACUUGGCCACACGUGCAGUGGCUCCGAGAAGCCGAGCUGAAGCACGGCCGCUGUGCCAUGCUGGCAGUUGUCGGCAUCUUUGCCCAGGGUUCUUUCCACAUUGAUGGAUACCCAGAGGCACCUUGGACCGAGGCCCUGCAGAAGUGCUAUGACAAUCCUCAGGGCAUUGUGGGCUUCGGCAUUGCUCAGAUCUCUGCGUUUGCCAUGGUCAUUGAGGGCAAGUUCUUCCCCAACGAUGCCUGGAUUGGCCAGAUGGACCGUGAGCCCGGAGACCUUGGCUUCGAUCCUUUGAAGCUUGCCAAGGAUGGUGAGAGCAUGAAGAGCAUGCAGCUCAAGGAGUUGAAGAACGGCCGACUCGCAAUGAUGGCCUUCAUGUCUUGCGUGGUGGGCCACUACUUGCCUGGAAGCGUCCCGGGAGUCUCCGCUUUGCCGCGUGAGUCUGCCCCAGCCCAGGCCCCUGCUUUCUGCGGUGCCACUCCUGCCAGCUCUUCCGAGACUGGAGUUUCCAAGACCGCGGCACGAUACACCACUCAGACCAUCCUGCCCACUUUGGCUUGGAUCAAGACCGGAGUGAAGGCCUCCGAGCUGCAGCCAACUGAGCUGCGAGCUUUGACCCUUGCAGGCAACGAUGUCCUGAUUGGCAAGACCGAGGCUGGUGCACUCUUUUGCGUUGGCAACUUGUGCCCUCACAUUGGCACACCCAUGAGUGAGGGUGCGGACGUGAUUGGUGACGUGAUUGUGUGCCCUCUGCACGGCUCUUCCUUCAAGGUGACCAACGGUGAACUUAUUGACUGGUGUGUCUCUCCACCUAUCAUUGGCCCUCUCACUGGUCUGAUUGUUGAGAAGAAGAACCUCUUGGUCUUCGAGGCCCGACAGGGUGGCUUCUUGGGUUCUGGAGAGGUUGAGGUGCUUGUGGACGUCAACGCCAAGAAGGCCUAUGAAGCAAACUACUGGAAGGGCUUGUUGGAUGCCCAGGGCAAGGCGGCCCAAGCUCCAGCACCUCAAAUCCCCGCGGCAUCAACGCUGCCCGGAAGCAAUGCCAGCACCAGCACUUUUGGCACCAAGGCGGCCAUGGCGCUGGGUGCUUUGGCAGCCUGCGGCUUGGUGGAACGCAAGCGCACGGCCCGGAAAGCCCAGGAGAUGGCAAAGUUGCCAAAGCACAUGCAGCCCGUGGCAACCCGCGCGGACUAUCCAGUGUAUGCACCUGGGCCAUCUGGUGUCCCGAACUACCCGGAGUUUGUGGGCGACUGGGCCAUCCCUGUGCCAGGAAGUUAUAAGGCCUGCUUGACCAUGACCGGUCCGGAUGUGGAGACAGGUAGCGAGAUGGGCAAGCCUUGGGAUCCCCUUGGCUUCAGCAAGCUCUACGAUCGCAACUUUGACUUCAACGGCAACAUGACUUGGCCACACGUGCAGUGGCUCCGAGAAGCCGAGCUGAAGCACGGCCGCUGUGCCAUGCUGGCAGUUGUCGGCAUCUUUGCCCAGGGUUCUUUCCACAUUGAUGGAUACCCAGAGGCACCUUGGACUGAGGCCCUGCAGAAGUGCUAUGACAAUCCUCAGGGCAUUGUGGGCUUCGGCAUUGCUCAGAUCUCUGCGUUUGCCAUGGUCAUUGAGGGCAAGUUCUUCCCCAACGAUGCCUGGAUUGGCCAGAUGGACCGUGAGCCCGGAGACCUUGGCUUCGAUCCUUUGAAGCUUGCCAAGGAUGCUGAGAGCAUGAAGAGCAUGCAGCUCAAGGAGUUGAAGAACGGCCGACUCGCAAUGAUGGCCUUCAUGUCUUGCGUGGUGGGCCACUACUUGCCUGGAAGCGUCCCGGGAGUCUCCGCUUUGCCGCGUGAGUCUGCCCCAGCCCAGGCCCCUGCUUUCUGCGGUGCCACUCCUGCCAGCUCUUCCGAGACUGGAGUUUCCAAGACCGCGGCACGAUACACCACUCAGACCAUCCUGCCCACUUUGGCUUGGAUCAAGACCGGAGUGAAGGCCUCCGAGCUGCAGCCAACUGAGCUGCGAGCUUUGACCCUUGCAGGCAACGAUGUCCUGAUUGGCAAGACCGAGGCUGGUGCACUCUUUUGCGUUGGCAACUUGUGCCCUCACAUUGGCACACCCAUGAGUGAGGGUGCGGACGUGAUUGGUGACGUGAUUGUGUGCCCUCUGCACGGCUCUUCCUUCAAGGUGACCAACGGUGAACUUAUUGACUGGUGUGUCUCUCCACCCAUCAUUGGCCCUCUCACUGGUCUGAUUGUUGAGAAGAAGAACCUCUUGGUCUUCGAGGCCCGACAGGGUGGCUUCUUGGGUUCUGGAGAGGUUGAGGUGCUUGUGGACGUCAACGCCAAGAAGGCCUAUGAAGCAAACUACUGGAAGGGCUUGUUGGAUGCCCAGGGCAAGGACGAUGGCACCUACUACUAAGCAGAUGUAUGUAACAUCCUCUUGAAGAGGAGAGUAGUGUGUUCUAGUUAGGCACUGUGCCUUUUUAUCCUGUCAGGUGUCUAAGUUGUUCCAGCGCCACUUUUUGCCUUUGUGUUGGCUCCAAGCACCAAAGAAGGUCAAAAUCACAUGUUUUUCUGUGGGCUUUGGCUGGAACGGCAUGCAUCGAGACAGUCCGAGUUGUGCCUGCACCGCUCCCGAAAUA